CACCCAUUCUUGCCUUAGUAUUAGACAGUAUACCUUACCGGCCGAAUUCGAUAUAUCGUAAUUCCUUCUUUGUUCUCAUUCUUGGAGUUUUACCUGCUGCUGUGGUCCUUUCCUCCCCCAAAAUUUGUUCAGAAGAGAAUGGAGAAGACUCAGGAAGAAACAACAGCCAUGGUACCAGAAAACGACUUCAACCUUACCGACGACCCAUCUAAGCUUGGUCACAAUGUCGUUUCCCUCUUUAAUCAGAUUCAGACACGAUACUCCCCAAAGCCCGCGAUAGUCUGCGGGGACCAUACCAUCACAUACGGUGCUCUUGCAUCUGAGUCGGAUCGCCUGGCCUGCCUCCUUCUAUCGCGAGGCAUCAGCCGUGGCCAUGUGGUGGCUCUUGCACUAGACCGCACACCGGACCUGAUCAUGUUCAUUCUCGGUGUCUUGAAAGCCGGUGCGAUAUAUGUACCCGUUGAUCCUGCUUUACCCCCCGAGCGUGUCAACCAGAUGCUGGAUGAUGAGGCGCUACGCCUGGUGAUAGUUAGUCCUGCUAGUACCAAAGGGGGGACGGGCACCAGUCGAUAUGAUUAUGGUCAUAAGGCGGCCUGCUGCACGACAAGCGAACUGCGAGACCAGAUGAGAUAUCAAGCGGACAAGAAGCCAGCUGUGGGUAUCCAAGCAGACGACAUUGCCUAUAUCCUUUACACAUCCGGCUCCACGGGCAAGCCCAAGGGCGUAGAAAUUCAUCACGCCGCUAUAUGCAACUAUGCGUUGUCGGUACACCAAAGACCUGGCUGUACUGACCAGGACCGCGUGCUAUUCAAGAGCACAAUUUCCUUUGACAUGGCCGCGUUUGAGAUUUACGUGCCAUUGCUGUGCGGCGCCACGGUCGUGCAGGCACAGGCACACGAGAUCGGCGAUCCCCGCGCGCUGAUAUAUCUCCUUGAUCGCCACAGCGUCACCUUCUCCGUCGCGACGCCGACCAUCUUACAGAUGCUGCUGGACAGCGGUUGGUCUGGCACGCCAGGCUUCUCGAGACUGGUUACCGGCGGCGAGGCACUGUCACCUCGCCUGGCAGAGCGUCUAACCGCGUGUGUUGACGAAGUAUGGAACCUAUACGGCCCGACUGAGACAACAGCCAGCGUGGCUGCUUGGAAAGUCCAAGCCCGCGAGGACAUCUUAAUUGGAACGCCUAACCCAAACACACGGCUAUAUGUCCUCGACACCGACAUGCAACCUGUGCCGGUUGGAAGCACUGCCAAAUUGUAUAUUAGCGGAGCAGGAGUUGCUCGUGGAUAUCGAAACAAUCCAGAACGCACCAAGGCUGCUUUUCUUCCGGACCCUUUCUGGGAAGGCCAUACCAUGUACAAGUCUGGAGAUUUGGCAUGCUUCUUGGACCCCAAGAGACUGGCCGUCAUCGGUCGGGUAGACACGCAAAUCAAGAUUCGCGGGCAAAGAAUUGACCCUGGUGAUGUUGAGGCGUCCAUCACAGCUCACGGAGCUAUUGCCAAUGCCGUUGUCGUCAAUCGAGACGAGCGGCUCGUCGCAUAUUGUAUACGAAAGUCGGGUGUUGGCAGCGUAGAUGUUCCUCUAGCCAAGUUGCUACGCCCCUGGCUAGAAAGCCGCCUCCCCAGAUACAUGGUCCCCUCAUUUUUCGUCGAAGUCGAUCGAUUUCCUUCCACCCUCAACGGCAAAGUGGAUCUCAGAGCACUACCCGAUCCCAUCUCGACUAUCACACCGGCGCAAAAGCCCGCUUCCACGCUGACACAACAGCUGCUGGCUAUCUGGACCAAUGUACUGGGUCACAGUCAGAUUGGCAUGCAGGACAACUUCUUCCACAUUGGCGGCAACUCUGCUAGCAUCAUCCAGGUCCAAACCAAGUUGGAGAAGUUUCUGUAUCGGCCAGUGCCGGUGCCAAAACUGUAUGAGCAUUUCACCGUUGCCAGCCUUGCUGCAUAUCUUUCUGAAGAAGCCCAGAUCAAUGGGGCCACCGAAGAGACGAAGGACUCCGUCGGGAACGAUGCCACUGGUGAAGAUAUUGCUGUCAUCUCCAUGGCGUGCAGGCUGCCCGGCGAUAUUCACACGCCAGAAGAGUUUUGGAAUGUUCUCAUUAGCGGCACCGACGCCGUCACCAAGGUUCCUGAGGAGCGUUGGGAUGCCGAUGCCAUUUACGACCCCGACCCGGAGGCCCCCGGCAAGUCCUACAGCACGGGUGGUGGCUUCGUCAGGGAUGCCAUGGAGUUCGAUGCGCAAUUUUUUGGGAUCUCCCCUCGCGAGGCUCGGGCUAUCGACCCUGCGCAGACCAUGAUCCUGGAGACAUGCUGGGAGGGAUUCGAAUGGGCAGGCUAUGGCACUAAGUCCCUGCGUGGCAGCCGACUGCUAAGCGCUGCCGGCACAGAAAAGCUUGAAGGACAUCUAGGUCUCGGAACGGCGCCGAGCUCGCUCUCUGGCCGCGUAGCAUAUGCUCUGGGGCUCGAGGGUCCUACGAUGACCUUGGAUGCUGGGUGCGCUGCCUCACUAGUCGCCACGCAUGUGGCAUGCUCCGCACUUCGUCAGGGCGAGUGUAACAUGGCUGUGGCCGGUGGUGUCCCAUUCUUGCCCUCACCUGGUUUGCAUGUAGAGUUUAGUCGGCUUCGCGUGACAUCACCAGAUGGUCGCUCGCGACCAUUCUCAGCGAACGCGGCUGGGAUGGGACUGGGAGAAGGUGCCUCGGCUGUGGUUUUGAAACGUCUCUCGGAUGCGCAGCGUGACAAUGAUCAUAUCCAUGCUAUAAUCCGCGGUUCGGCAGUCAACCACGGCGGCCGUGGCGCUAGCAUGACAGCACCGAGUGGACCAGGCCAGAAGCGUGUUGUCCGCGCAGCUCUGGCGGCUGCGCGCCUGAAACCGUAUGAUAUUGACUAUGUCGAGGCGCAUGGGACUGGCACCAAAUUAGGAGACCCGGUCGAGGCCUCAGCUUUGGCAGAAGUAUUCAGCAGUAGCCGCGAUGAUGCCACCGGGCCGCUGAGGAUUGGUUCCUCAAAGUCCAAUAUCGCACACACGCAGGCGGCCGCCGGCGUCGCAGGCCUUAUCAAAGUGGCUCUGGCGACGCAACACAACACGCUGCCACAGACACUGCAUAGCAGUCAGCCCAGCCCAUUGAUCGACUGGGUGGGUGGCAAGUUGCAACUGCUCCAACGCCCGAUGGCAUGGCUACCCAGGACAAACAGCCCGAAUGCUCCGCGACGAGCAGGAAUUAACUCAUUCGAAUUAUCAGGCACUAACGCGCAUGCUAUAGUUGAAGAGCCUCCAAGGGCUCGCUCAAACGCUAAUGGCGACAAUAAUGAUGAUGAUGCGAGGUCGCCUUUGCCGCUGCCAUUUCUCCUCUCCGCCUAUACAAGUGAAGCGCUACGUGGGCAAGCACGCAAACUUUACAAUCAUAUCUCCAGGGCCACUGCAAAAAUCAAGCUGGCUGAUGUAUCGUACUCGUUGGCGACUACUCGCACACAUUUUCCACGACGCAUCGUUCUUGCGGCACAAGACAAGACUGAACUGCUGGGCAGCCUAGCAAGUGUUAUCGACAACGGAGUACCGGCAACUGCUGACAACAGCAAGUCAGCUCGCGUGGCGAUGUUGCUUUCCGGACAGGGCACUGAACGACACAUGAUGGGCAAGGGUCUUGCUGAACGUCACCUCGUGUUCCGCAACACCAUCACUCACAUCGCAAGCCUGUUCGAGGAAGUUCUAGACAAGCCUCUGUUGGAUGUUAUGUGGGCAGAUCCGGCGAGCGAGGCCGCUUCCUUGCUCCUGCGUACGGAUUAUGCCCAACCAGCUAUCUUUACCCUCCAGGUAGCACUAUGGAGACUAUGGCAGAGCUGGGGUGUCCAGCCAGCAGUUGUGUUGGGCCAUAGUGUUGGCGAGAUUGCGGCUGCGCACGUCGCCGGAGUUAUAGAUCUGGCGGACGCUUGCCGCUUGGUCGCGGCACGAGGGAAGUUGAUGCAUGCGCUGCCUGAAAAUGGUGGUAUGGUGGCACUUGAAGCCGCCGUAGACGAGGUUACUUCAGCCAUGGAGCAACUCAGUGCCCGCGACAGGGUGUCGAUUGCCAGUAUCAAUGCGCCAAUGCAAGUGGUAGCUUCUGGAGAGAUGGAUGUCAUUAACAAAUUGGCAGCUUACUUUAAGGCUCAGGGCAGGUCUUCCAAGGUCCUCAAAACUAGUCGCGCAUUUCAUUCGCAUCAUUUGGAUGAAAGCAUGCUUGCCUCAUUACGCACCGUCGCAGAAACGAUUGUGUUCCAGCAGCAAACGCUGCCUAUUGUCAGCACAGUCACAGGCAAACUGGCAGAGCCUGGGCAACUUAGUAAUGCGGAUUACUGGGUCCGACAAGCUCGCAACCCAGUCCUGUUCGCAGAAGGCAUGCAGACCCUCGCUGACCAGGGUGCGAAUUGCUUUGUUGAGUUGGGCCCGGCAUCGACACUGUGUGGUAUGGGGGCCUCAUGUCUCGAUGGGGACAGCAGUCAGACGAGCAGAAUGGCCAACCGCGAAGGCGGAGUGAACCUGGCCUGGCUGCCCUCGUUAAACCCCAAUAGCGACGACGCUCUGGUAAUCCAAAAUAGUCUCUCGGAACUACAUAUCCGACAAGCAGAGAUCGACUGGGCAGCCUUCUUCAAAGACAUUGGCGGGCGCCGCAUCCAGCUUCCUACGUACGCAUUUCAGCGACAUCGGUAUUGGCUCGACGGAUUGCGACCAAUAUACAGCGGUAAGCCAUCUGACCAGUCUCCUUCAGGUGGCCCUCAACCCACCGGUCAGGUUCAAGUUGGAUGGCAUGCUAUUGACGCGAGUAGCCAUUAUUCCAAUUCAACUUGGGGUCUGCUCUGUCCAGCAAAUGAUGCCCCGUGGAUGGCACCGGUGAAGGAAGCAUUGUUGCACGCCGGAAAGCAACCGAUUACAGUCAAUCGGCUCGCGGAAGCCAAAACAAUGAGCGGCGUGCUUUGUUUUUGGGAAUCAGAACGUGAAGAUGACUUGACCUCCAAUGCAUCUGAGCAAUUGCAGAUAGUGUCCAGGAUGGGGUUCUCUCCCUGGCUAGUCUGGGUGACGCGUGGUGCUGUUCGAGCCGGAAAUAUGGGCGAGACAUCGCUCUGGGGUAUGAUGCGACGCGCACGCGUGAAAUAUCCUCAACUCUGUUUGCGUAUUGUGGACCUGGAGGGUGACGUGGACAUCGCUACAGCCACUAAACUCUGCUCAAUCUUGAUGAUGAGUACCGAACCUGAAUGUGUUGUGCUUGGCGAACGAGUGCUCGUUCCGCGAAUGCAAAUGCAAAUGCAGGCGCAGCCCCAGGAGGUCCAGAAGCAUGGUAAGCUGUGUGUAAAUGAUCGAGAGACGACGAAUGGAACCACAGCAGCUGCAAAGUCGAAUGGGACGGACAGCUUCGAGACCAAGAUCAGGAUGGUUGGCCCUGAGGAGAGGGCGCCAAUGCUUCAGCGACUGGUACGAGAAGUAACUGCCAAAGUACUUGGUGUGGCGGCUGCAGAGGAAGUAGAUAUGCACCGGGGGUUCAUGGAUGUUGGAGUGGACUCAUUAGGAGCCAUCCAGAUGCGUAAAGAGCUCUCAGCACGGACUGGGUUAAAGUUGCCACCUAACUGGACGAGAGUGUAUCCGGAUCCUACCUCACUUUCCGAUGCCUUGCAUAAUCAGAGGUUGCUAACGCUGUCCGACCCUUGGUUUAUCAUGGAGAUCAGCAUGCUACUUAACGUUAGUAUUGAUCGGGAGCACAAUGGCAAGCAGUACAAGGAGCAUCCUCUUACGGGGGUGGUCCUCUGCUUUACCUCCAUCUUACCAGAGCAGCGGUCUGAACUCGCUAUCGUCGCAAGUCAGAUGGGAGCAACCCACAAAUUUGACCUUACCUCCGACGUCACGCAUCUGCUUAUCGGCGAAGUCAAUACUCCGAAAUACAAGUUCGUCGCGCGCGAGCGUACCGAUAUAACAGUCCUGAAACCGGAAUGGGUUGAAGCUGUUCGCCAAUCAUGGAUGCAGGGAGGCGAUACAGACAUUCGGGCCUUAGAAGAAAAGUACAGGUUCCCGACGUUUGCUGGGCUAUCUAUCUGCAUAACGGGCUUUGAGGAUAUGUCGCUGCGAAAUCGUAUCCAGGACACCGUCACUGCCCACGGAGCCGAGUUCCGAAAAGACCUCACCAAGAACGUCACUCAUCUCAUUGCCCGGAAUACGGAGGGUGAGAAAUAUAAAUUCGCAACGCAGUGGGGUAUCAGAAUUGUCACGGUGAAGUGGUUCGAGGAUAGUCUUAAGCGUGGCAUGGUCCUGGAAGAAACUCUCUAUCACCCUCUUCUACCCGAUGAGCAACAGGGCGCUGGUGCCUGGAAUCGAUCGCUGCCUACUCCGAAACCAAAAGUCACAAAUAACGAAAACCCCUCAAAUCCUAGACCGAGAAAGCUUCGGAGGAUUGCAAGUGCUAAGCUGGGAGACCAGAAUGAAGGCAUCUGGGGUGAUAUCGUCGGUACGGGUUUCGACAGCAGCGAUCCGAAGCCAUCUAGAGAAAGUCUGCAGAGGACCCAGUCUUUGACAAAGAGGCCCUCUAUCUUGCAGGAAUCGCGCUCAUUUGCGAGCGAGACUACCUUUGCAGAACCGCAGGAGCCCCUUCAACCGCCCCCGCCCCCGCCCCCGCCCCCUCCACCAGCUGUAGAGAGUCACGAGGGUUUUCUGGGUGAUUGUUUCUUCUUCAUUCAUGGGUUCUCCUCUAAACAGACCAACGUAUUGCGAGAUCACCUUUCCUUCAAUGGUGCAGAGCUAGUGAGCUCCUUGAGCGAAUUCUCUAGACCAGACAUACCCAAAAGGGGCCAUGGCCUUUAUACCAUCGUGCCCUACAAGAUGUCCCGCGCACAGGUUCCAUCCACGGAUGACUUGGCUUUCGAAUGCGAAGUGGUGACCGACAUGUGGCUGGAAAGAUGCCUCGAUGCGAAGACGCUGGUACCGCCAGAAUCACACACAGCGAAUACCCCGAUCCCUUCUUUCCCCCUCAAAGGAUUCGCGGGAAUGAAGGUCUGCUCUACUGGCUUUUCCCGAAUUGACCUUCUCCAUCUAGCAAAACUCGUCAACCUUGUUGGUGCCACCUACAACGAGUACUUGACACCCAGCGCCUCCAUCCUUAUAUGCAACGACGCCGGCCCCGUGAACCCGGAGAAGCUGCGGCAUACCCAAGAAUGGGGCAUCCCCGCCGUCUGUGCAGACUGGCUCUGGUCCUCCAUCCGCAACGAACAGAAACAACCAGUCGACCAAUACCUAAUCCAAAAGCAACCUACACAAAGCAGAAAGUCUCUGGAACCGCGAGCAGGUUCUCGCCCAGAGCAGAAGCAACCCCCCAAUAGUAACGAGCACCCACGUCCCAGACACGAGCAUGAGCACGAAAAACAAAAAUCAAGCAUCACACAACCACCAGACACAUCCUCAUCAGACCCCAACCCCACAACCAAACCACCCCCAGCCCCAACCAACACAACCACCACCACCUCCCCCCUCAAGCGCAAACCCACCGACCAACACACCUCAACCACAACCACAACCACCCAAACUGCCCUCAACCAAGCCGUAACCAGCCUCCUCAAAAACGCCCGGCCAGCGCAACCUUCCGAACCCAGCACCGGUCCAGACGACCGCCACCGACCUCAACGAGGCCGAAGACCGCUCCUGGGCCGGGCCCCCUCCUCCCUCGACCACCCUAAGCACUUCUCCUUCUCCCGCGCCAGCUCAAUCGACACCCUCAACGAAGACGGUUGCGGCAGCGCCGUCGAGUCCACCACCACGACCGCCACCAAUUCCCGCAUCCCCUCGCUGUCUCACACCCACAGCAACCAAUACGAGUACCAGUACCCGGAGCGUAACGGCACCCUCGAAGAAGAGGACGAGAACGAGGCCCCGCCCAUGACACAGCUGGACUAUGAGGACCCGGAUGCAGUAGCCAUGCGGGAGAAAUUCCUCCAAAAGGCCGGGAAGGUAGUCGAGAAGAAGAAGUCGAAUGAUGUGAUUGCGGAGGGGAGACUUGUUCCUGGGUUGGAGAAUGGGGCGUGGGGGACGGCGAGGAGGACAAGGCAUACUAAUCGCGCGUUGGAUGAUCUUUGAUCAAACCAUGAUUCUUGUUGGAUUGGCAUGUGAGUUCUGUUGGCUAGAUAGAAUUAUAUGUGGAUGUGCGAGUUUUAUCUCUAAAGGAUAGAAAAGAGGUUAACCGGUGACGGGUUAAUUAUCUACCUUUGGUUUGUUUGGACAUUCAUGUGUCCAUUGUGUUCUGUCUGCUGUUGAGUGCAUGCAUAGCAUAGCAUGGCGUCUCUGUCCUGAAUGAAUACCUACUACUAGCUACUAAGGC